GUCAGUCAUAACGAGAGAUUAUAAAUGUAUCAAUAGGAUUAUUACAAUAUUUUCUUAUAACUAUGGGAACAUUGAAUUAUUUUUUGUUCGCGAUUCUCUUUGGAUCGAUUGUACAACGAGGAAAAUGUUCGAACAUAAAAUUGAAUGAAUAUUUGAGUGAAAAAUUAAGAGAGGCCAAAGUUAAUAUAGCUAAAAGUCAUAUCGAAGCAUCUCAAACAGUUUUUGUUAACAAUUACAAUGUGAGUUGGUUAAAAUCAUGGGAUACGAUAUGGGAUACAAAUCCACCAUUAAUAAUAAAUACAUUUAAUCAAAUGUUAUUCGCUCAUACCAAUGGAACUAUGGAUAUUUUUAUGAAUGGUUCUACUUCGAGCAAAGUUUUCAAAUUUAAAGAAAAAAGUACUAUUGGCCAGGGUUAUUUUAUCAAAUUCGUUAGAACAAUUAAAUGGAAAACGACUCUUUAUCUUUUUCUUUGUUACAAUAUCGGUUGGUGCAGCUUGUACACAGGAAACGAUAUUACAGAUUUAAUUCAUAGACAACAUGUUAUAUAUUCAAAACUAAUCGAUGCUUGUUUCUUUACCAAAGCUAAUCGGCUUUAUUUAAUAUUAGUCGAUAAUAUAAGCGUUAUUUAUCAUUGGGCUGGUACUUACAUGGAUAUCUACACUAACAUAAUGACCAGUUCUGCUGUAUCGGUCACUACGUUUAAAUAUAAACAAUCGGUUAUUAUAAUAUUUGCUCAAAAUUCUAAAUCCGAUUCAAUAGUUACUUCUACCGUUUACGAAUUCAAAGAGAAUACUAUCGAUAUAAUACAAUUUUUGCCUACGAACAAACCGAUGUCUAUUCAUCAUUAUACUUGCAAUAAUCAUCAUUUUGUUUUAAUGAUAAAUAAAAUGCAAGUAAGCAGUGUAUAUUUAUGGGAUGGUACAGAAUUGUUAAAAUGGAUCGAUAUUCCAGAAAUUAGAACAUUUUAUUCUAUGCAAACAGUAUAUUUACAAGAUGGUACCUACUUUAUUGUUGCUCAUAAUGACGUUGUGGAGUUAUUUAAAUUAUUAAAUAUGGCCAAUUAUGUGUCUCUAAGUGUUCGAAAAUUAAAUAAUAAUAGGAACAUAGUGGAUAUGCAAGCAUUAAAUAAUGGAUAUGAGACCAUAACUUUGAUAUUAACCACAUUAAGCUACGACGGCUUAUAUUUCGUCGAGAUUUGGGAUUUAAAUGUCAAAAAUAAAACCUACCAUGAGAAUAAACAAAUGGUCACAGACACAACACGAGAAUGUUUGUCAGAGAUCGUUAGAAUAUUACAAAAUAGAUUGUUUGUCAUUAGGAAAUUUGAGUCAUUUAUGCUCUACUCUAAUUAUUCGAUAAAGAAUAAUUCCUAUGUUUUUGAUACGCUCGAAUAUCCAAGUGUGAUUUUGAAAUCGGGUGUUGUAGAAAAGAUUGAUUUAUUUGUCGAAGAGGAAGUAUUUACACCAUCCGAACUUCGAAAGAAUUUAGAUGAUCUUGAAUCGAAAAUCGAAAGUCUGUUGAAAAGAUCAUUAAAUAUUUUACGACCAAACACUAAGAAUAAUUUAUAUGGUGUGAUCAAUAUCACUGGUGAUGCAUUUUUCAAAGAAAUGGUAAUCGAUACGAUAUCCAUCGAUAAAUUAAAUAACGUUAGUUAUCGAUCUAACAAUCUCAUAUCCUUAAAAGAUGAUCAACAAUUUGCCUCGUCUCUAAACGCUGAUAAUAUCAUCGUUCAUAAUCUCAAAGUGAAUUCCCUUUGUGGAAUUCCUCAUCAGUAUUGGGCAACGAUAGAAAACAAAGAUGAAAAAAUAUUAGUCAGCGAGAAUGAUAGUACUAGAAAAUUAUAUGAAAAUAGUAUACUCGUCCAUUCGAAUAUUUCUAUACCUAAUUUGAAAGUAAAAAAGAUCAAUGAAAUUGACAUGGAGCAAUUGAUUGAUCAGCUGUUCAUUAUAGGUGGCAAUCAGACGAUUACAGGUAACAUUACAUACCAGUAUGUAGAGGUGAAAAAUCUUAAAACAAAAAUGUACAAUGGGGUAUCAUCCACGUUACUGAUGACAAAUGCGUUCGAUCAAAAUUUUCAGGAAUUAUAUAUAAAAACGCUCGAAGUUGAUUCCCUUCAUGUAGAAUAUAUUAAUGGCAUUCCUAUAUCCGAAUUUGCUAUGAAAUCACGUGAAAAUGUUAUCAGUGGUGAAGUGAUAUUAGAUAAGAUGGAAGUAACAGAAAUGCUUAUUAUGGAUUCAGAUGCAAAAAUGUCAAUUAUUCCGCCGUCUCAAAUUUAUGAUAGCGUGGUAAUAUCAGGUGACAUCGCAGUAAAAAAAAUUGAUUUUGAAGAAAAUGGAAAAUUAAUUAUGGAUAAUUUAAAAGUUAAACCAAGAGAGAUUUUCCAUAACAUGUGGACAAAAUCGACCGAUCAAACAAUUCGAAAUGACGUUUCACUCGAUUUCGGUGUAACUAUCGAUCGAUUAGAAACUAAAUACUUGAAUGGUUUUACCGAGGAAGAAUUCUUAUACACCACAGUCGAAAAGAUUCCGUCGAUUUUCACAAAUCUUCAUUUUAAAAAUCUACAUAUCAACGAUGUCUUUCACGUGAACGAAACAAAAUUAAAUAGCAUCGAUGUUCAUCAAGAUCGUAUUAUAAUCCGCGGUGAUUUACAUGUCCAAAAAUUACAAUUACAUCAUUUGAUAACCGAUUAUUAUAACAAUAUAUCCGUCGAUAUAAUUUUGAAUAACACUGGAAAUCUGAAAUUGUCGGAGGACAUUAAUCUUCCUGCAAUUUCAGUAGAACGUGCAAUCGUACGUGAAUUCAAUCUUGAAUUUCUCAAUGAUCGAGCAGUUUCUCCUUAUUUAAAAAUACCGAUCAAGGUAAACGAAACAGAAUUGAUCAGAACACCGAAAUUUCGUGCUGAAGAAAUCACGAUCGAAAAUUUUAAUGGAAAAAAUAUCUCGUAUUUGAUCGAAUUGGAAAAUGUAACAAUCGCUGAUAUCAUGGAAGAAAUCAUUAUUGAAAAUGAUCUAGUAUUAAGCGAGGAAUUGGAAGUGAUUAGAAUAGCUAAUUACUCAGCUGAAAUGUAUUUGAAAAAAAUAGCAUUGCAAAAUAUAUCAUUGCCGACAGGAAUGAUGGAAGAAUUAAUUGUACAGAACAUAACGAUGGAUUUUUUAGAGGGUUUCAGAGUCGAUACACUUCCUUCGAGUAUUUUUUCAAAGAUAGGUUCACAAAAAAUACCAGGAAGAUUUACGUUCCACACGAUUCGUGCAGAUAAUAUGGAAGCUAAUUAUAUUAAUGGACUGGACACUUCGAAAUUGAUGUGGAUAGAUGAACCUCUUAUUUUUGAAGGAAAUGUAACAUUUACGGAUCUCUUCGUUGAUAAUGAUGUUAGUGUAGGAAGUUUGAAUGGUUAUGAUACUCAACAGUUAUACCAAAGCCCCAUCUCUUUAACUUCUACAAACUUACAUAAUUUGAGCGUGUCUGGACAUAUUUCAUGGGAAAAUUCUAAUCAAUCCACUGAAUCGUUAUCACAUUUAUUCGAAAAAGCACUUAGGAAAGAUACACCGCAAGAAAUUGUGGGUAAUGUAACUUUCAUAAAACAUUUACGUACUUCGUUCUUUAUAGGAGAUAUUGAAGGUAUAGAUGAGAUUAGAAAUAUCAUAGAAGAUGCUGUAUUCGAAAAUUCGGAGAAAAUUGUUUUGAGUGGACAAAAAGUUUUCCAAAAUAAUUUAACGAUGAAUACUUUGAAGACACAAGACGUGAUCGAUAUAGUAACGAUUAAUGGAAUAAAUAUCAUUGAAUUAAAUGCCUCGGUUGUUAAUAAAUAUGAAAAAAAUAUUGUAACAGGACCGAUUGAGUUUUUAAACGAAGUCAUAAUCGAUAAUCUCGUUUUCAACGAUACUCUUCACGAUACGUUGAAUACGGAUUUGGUUCUUUCUAAUCAAAUAUUACCGAAUAAUACAUAUAUAAAAAAUCUCGUUGUUAUUGGAGAUAUUUUUUUGAAGAGGAUCGAUGACGUUGAUUUUAAUGAAUUCGUAGAGAAUCGUGUAACGCUUAGCAAAGAUCAUGUUAUAUCUUCUGAUAUACAAUUUCAAGGCCGAGUUGAAGUAACAGGAAAUGCUAUGAUAAAGAAGAUCAAUGGUAUUGAUACUUCUGAUCUAGUUAUAAAUUCAUUACAAACAACCCAAAUUAUUUCUGGUAAAAAAACUUAUAUAAAUGACUUAAAAGUGAAUAAUAAUGUCGAGAUUCCAUUGAUAAAUGGUAUCAACUUAAACGAGGAAUUCUCUAACAGUGUUUUGAACGAUGAAAACGUAAUAAUCACCGGAGACCUCAUCUUUCAAUCGCAUGUAGAUAUUCCAAAAAACAUAAUCGUUUCUGGAUUAGUAAACGGUGUAAACGUAAGUGAUUUAGUCAACGAUUUGGAUCAUUUAGAAAAUCAUAGCAUAUCUGCUUUGAAAGAAAAUACAGCGUUUAUCGAACAUGCUAUUUUAAACGAAACUUCUAUUAUAAAAUCUUUACCAAGUGUUUUUGCAUAUUUGGAAGAAGAAGAUCGUUUGAAGAUCGAAGUACCGACAGUUAAAAAGAUCGACGUAGUUAUGUUUGACUCGAUCUUAAAAUUAAAUAUGUAUGCUGAACAAAAUGGCAGCUUUUGUGGAUUACCAGAGAAGUGUUCCUGUCCAUUGCAAUACGUUGCUGAAUUAACAAAAAAUGAUAGUCGUGUUUGGCGAUGCAACAAUAUUUCUAUUGUCAAACAUUUUUAUAAACCAAACAAUCUUUUUGGUAUAGAUGUAACGACCAGUAGUGUUUCUUACAAUGCUCAAUGCAGUCGAAAUGAAACGGAUUUGGAAGUUACUACGAUUUCAUGGAUGUCCAAUGAAAAACUUGGAACAGCUAAUAUCAUCAAGGAAAGAUAUUCGAUUAUUGAAGCCAUGGGUUUCCUUAAAGAUUCAAAAACGUUCAUUCAUAAUGAUCAAGUAUACAUAACUUUGGCGAUAUAUUAUGAUCCUACAACGAAAAAACACGACACGAAUUCGUUUAUUUAUAAAUUAAAUUUAAAAAAUGAGAGUCUAACUUUGCAUCAAGAGAUUCGAACGAAUGGUGCAUCAGCUCUUGAAAUUUUACAAAUAAAUAAUAAUGUGUAUAUUGUUAUAGCUUGUGAUGGAAAUACGAAAAUGGGUUCAUUAAUUUAUAAAUUAGAUUCUAUUACUUCGAUGUUCGUUUUGUUAAGAAGAUUUCCAGGAAAAAGUAAUUGUGUAAAAAGUUUAUCGAACGAUGAUGAUUAUUUCAUUAUGAUUAAUGAUCUCGAUAUGAACGCUUUAAAUAUUUAUUAUUACGAUUAUAAAUUUGAUAAUUUUUAUCAUUAUCAAAGUUUCUUCUAUGAUUCGCCUAUCAAUGAAAUUCAAAGUUUCUAUAUUGGCGAGAUUGUAAAUAAUGAUGGUUACGUUAUAGUAACCACAGAAGACGGGCAAUUUUAUGUUUAUGAAUAUAUGUUUGUUGGGAAAUUCCAAAGAAAGAUUGUACAUCAAAUAGAUGGUUUACAAACUGUAGUUCCAUUCCAUUACGAUCAGUAUCAUUAUCUUCUUUUUGGAACAAAAACAAAUACUACGAUUAUGCGUAUUGUGCAACUGGGUUUACAUUGAAAUCAUUCUAAUUAAUUCAUACAUUUUAUGAAUGCAAUGUCUUUG